CCACCAAGCAAUUGCUCACUUAACAAACAGGUUUGACACCAGAACACCAACAGGGAUCCAAUUCACAACGCAGCAAACGCAAGCAGUACCAUGUCGGACCAUAGACGUCGCAGCUCGGCCUCAUCCUCCUUCUUCGCCCGCAGAGUAUCCUCGACCACGACUACCUCCUCCUCGACUCGUGUCUCUGAAAACAACAAUGGCCGAGGAGUUUUGUCUUCCGCUGUCGCUCGAGUCCUCGGUGGGAAGCACUCCGCAAAGGUCCUCAUUGACGACUACAACCCUAAACAGGUCUACUCUCGAUUUGACGAAAUCAAUGGUUAUGUUGAGUUCACUCCAAAUAGCCCAGUGGAGAUUGAGAAAGUGAACAUCUUGUUGAAAGGCACCACGACGACAUGGAUUGCUACAAUGGACUACACCAACCGUACAACUGCUACGCACAAGUUCCUCCAAGUCGCCUGUCCCGUCGAGGAAACUCCCCAGGGUCCGGUGGACGGGCCCAUCUCCUUCCCCUUCACCUUCAUUGUACCACCGCAAAUCCUCGCAACAGCAUGUGGGUGCGACAGUGACGUCCCCCACGCCUCCCUACCGCCCAGUAUCAACGACCAGAAGGUCAUUCCCACCGCCGGAGCUGACCUGCUACCGGAGAUGACAAAAGUGGAGUAUGUCGUCAAAGUCCAAUUCGUCUUGCCUGGCUACGAAAAGGACAGGAGUUUGAUCAUCGAGGACGAAAAGCAUGUCAGGAUCAUGCCUACGAUGGAUGGAGACGAUUAUGUAACUCCUCCAUCAUUCACCGAGGAGCAAGACAGGCAAGAGCUUUAUACAACCGAGAAGACCCUUACGAAAGGCCUCUUCGGCAAGAAAGACGGGCACAUCGUCGUACAAACAACUACACCCGGCCAACCAACCCUCCUCACCCUAGCCCACGGUGAAUCAUCCAAAUCUCAAUACACAAACUCCAUCCCCCUUUGCCUCUCCUACUUUCCCUCCACGGAGAAAUCCUCGACACUCACAACCGGUUCACUUCCACCCGCUUUGACUUCGAUUGAAGUUAACCUUGAAUCACGUAUGCGCUAUGCCGUGAAGAAACUUAGCCUCGCCAGCUCGGGGACGACGGAUCCCUAUAACGCUUUCUGGAAGCGGGAGAGUGAUUGGGCGACAAAGCAUACCGUCUACCGCACGAACUCUGCCGGUUCGGGAGCGUGUGCGUGGACUGCGAAUGCCGUCGGUAACUACUUCGAUGAUGUAGCUAGUGGACAUGGAAGACAGUACGGGCACGGAGGAUACACGGCAAAGAUGAACAUCCCCAUCCCACUCCCCAUGCUCGGAAAAAUCCUCAUCCCAACUUUCGUGGGAUGCUUGAUGGAACGAACUUAUGCAGUCGAGAUCAAACUUGGGUUCGCAGGCCGAAAUACCGUCAUCCUCAAACUCCCCGUUACCAUCUCCGCCAUCAAAGCCGGUGAAGGCGGGAUGUGUCGUCGGAGGCGAUGUAGUGCUGGAGUAUCGGACUUCCCUAUCUACGAGUCAGGCGAGUCGUCGACGGAAGACGAGGGCGGGGGUGAUGACCAAGGAGGAGGUGGAGGAGGUGGAGGAGGUGGAGGAGGAGGAGGCCGGCGUGGGGAGUCAGAGUCGUUGCUGCGUACGUUUGGGAGGUCGCAGACUGCGCCUGAGGAGUGUGGGGCGCUGCCGCCGUCGUAUCGGCCGCCGGUGAAUAGGGGUGUGGUUACGAAGGUGACGGAGAUUGGGAUGGGGAUUGCGGCUGCUGCCGAGUGAGUAGCUCCAUCAGCUCGUAUUUGCCUACAGCUGGAUGUUUUAUGCGUUAUAGACUGC